UGCAUACCCAUGUUGCGUUUGAGAAAUGGUUGCGGACUGUUGUGUUUUAUUUUGAUGUACUACUUGUAAUUCUUAAGAAAGGUGUUAGUUUUCUUGCAGCAUAGAGUUAUAUAGUUUAAAAGCUAAGUUGCAUUUAUUAGCUAGGUGAUUAUGCCUAAAAAGAACAAACCGAACAGGAGCUGGGGCAGCGAUGGAGGAAUUCGUGAUCCAGGCAAAUAUUAUUUCGAACAUGAUGACCGUGUUAUGGAUCCUCCAAGAAGGGUGUCUUUCAAGCCCCCCAACCGCUCAAAACGGCGAAACAAGAGCUGGGAGUUGCUGCGAUCUGUUAUGGAUGACGAUGUUGAUAUGUCAGGUGCAAGCACCAGCGGAUCAAGAUCUUAUGAUCGCUUUAAUCCAUACAGCGGAAGGGGGGGACGCUCACACAGCAGUGGCAGUGGAAGGGUCAGAAGAUCAGGUCGCAAUUCACCUUCAUCAAAUGCCUCUGGCCAUAGGCGGAAGUUAGUUCCCAACAGUUGUACUUGGUACAAAGUUGUGCUACCACAUGGAGGUAAAUACUCAAAGGAGUACAUCCUGAAGACACUAGCAAAUUAUGUUGCUCCUAUCGUGUUCAGUCCCCUGUCGUACAAGAUCAGUGGAAAUGAAUCGUAUUUUUAUGUCGAUGAUUAUGAUGCUGCAAAUGAGUUACUCAAUGCAGACAGGCGGAUUACACUGACUGAUGGGUUCAAGCUAAAUGUGAUUGUAAGACCAGCUGUGCCCAACAUUCAGCUAACAGACGGUGUUAAGGACCUUCUAAAGCAAGUCAUGGCAAAGCGGUUCAACCCAAUUACCAAAGCUCUGGACCUAUCGAAACUCCGUGAUGAUCCAGAUAUGAUGGAACACGCACUCCCUAUCCAACGGCCUGCUGUGUUAUCCGCUAUGCUGGAUCUAGUUGCCGAGAACAUUUCUGAACUGGCAGCCCUGAACUUGUCUGACAACAGGCUGGGUGGAAUCGACCUUUUGGGAGUCGUGGCACGCCGCUUGCCGUCUUUGACUGUGCUACACAUUGGAAACAACAAGAUCCGUAAUAUCAUUGAGCUGGAUGCACUUAAGGGAUUGCGCCUAGUGGAACUAGUCCUUGAGGGUAAUCCUGUGUGUCGACGCUAUGAGGAUAGAAGUUCCUAUGUAAGUGAAGUCAGGAAGAGGUUUCCAAAAGUGUUAAAACUGGACGGGACGGAGCUACCGCCACCGAUUCUCUUUGACGUUCAGGAUGAAGAGGCCAAGAUUCCCCUUGCAAAAGCACAUUUUGCAUGCUCUGAACAAGGUCGUACACUCGUGCAGGCGUUCUUAGAGCAGUAUUACGGUGUAUACGACUCAGAAUCUCGCCUGCCAUUGGCUGAUGCUUACCAUGAGGAGGCACUCUUCUCAUUGUCAGCUGUGUAUCCACCAGGACAGAGUACCAGCCAUAGCCGGUUGAAUGUGUACCUUGGAAACAAUCGCAACCUGAUGCGUGUAACAGAAACAGACCGCCGGCGAAAAUUGCUGCGACGCGGACGUCAUGUGGUGGUCGCUGCUCUGGCGGAUCUUCCUCGAACAGAACAUGACCCGCAGUCCUUCACCUUUGACCUUCUAAUUUUCUCACCACAGCUAAUGGUCGUGGCCGUCAGUGGUAUGUUCCGGGAGCCAGGUGGUUCAAAACCAUUCCCCAUUCGCUCAUUUAGCCGCGUAAUGGUCAUAGUACCUCAUGGAGUUGGCAUGUGCAUCACCAAUGAUGAGCUUCUUAUCACAAAUCCCACAGCAGACCAGCUGAAGGUUGCAUUCCAGCCUCCGAAACCUGUUGAGACACCAAUUACAUCUCCAGCUGGCCCAUCUCAGCUUGUUGCUGCCACGCCACCCUCUGCUGCCAUCGCUACUGCAGUAUCACCUAUAGCGAUGGCAGAUGAAGCCGUCAAACAGCAGAUUGUUGAAGCUCUGGCUCAGCAAACGGGCAUGAACCUUCUCUGGUCAAAAAAAUGCCUGGAUGACACAAAUUGGGACCCACAAACAGCACUGAAUGCCUUCACAGAGCUCAGUAGUAAAGGCUUAGUUCCUGCCGAGGCAUUUGUGAAAUAGCCAUUUUGAUAUUCAGUCUUAAUAACAGUUUGAGAAAGUCAACAUUCCACUCGUAUGUUGCCUGUUGUGGUUGUGACAGCAAUGAAUUUUCUUCAUUAUGAAGCUCUGGUGUUGAUCCUAAGAGUGAAUUUUGGUGAAGCCUUUACUAAGGCGGUAUUGUAAAUUUUUUAUAAGUGUGAGAAAGAUGUAACAAUGUCAGUUUCACUAUUUUUGUAAUGUGAUUUGCUUCAGAUGCCAAUCACUGUGCUGUUGCAUGAUUCUGUAAAUCACGACAUCUUCAUAAAUUUCUCAUUCUUGUAAGAUAUUAAGGAAAACAUUCUGGAAUAGCAAUGACAACAAAAAAAUUUUCAGUUACGUCACAUAAUGUUUCAGAAAAGAAAUAUGAUUUUUUUACAUAUUUGAGUAUAUUUUUACAUACUAAGUAUGUGUUGUACAUAUACAUACCAUAGUUGUUCAGUUAUGUAUGUCUUGAAAUGCUGUAGUUGUAAGCAAAUUCAUUUAAAAAAAAAAAAAAAAAAGCUGCAUCAUUUCCAUAUCUGAUACUUGCUUUUAUGUGCAAACACUGCUACAAAGUGCAUCAGUGUUUGUAAAAAUCAACCAUGUUCAUAAUACCACGUUGUUAAAUGGUAAUCACAAUUUUUGUUGGAUGAUUCUUAUGAGUUCAUUUUAAUAAGGUGAAAUGCUUACAAUAAGUUUCUCCAUUUUGGUUUCCUGGAAUGAAAGUUUGUUGGAAAACUGUUUAUGUAAAUUUUAUUUUAAAUCUCCCCCCCCCCCCCCUCUCUCUCUCUCUCUCUCUCUCUCUCUCUCUCUCUCUCUCUCUCUCUCUCUCUACAUCCCACUUCCAAAAAAAUCUCUUUCUGUGACCUGUCUUUCUACCCCACUCCCAAAAAAAUCUUUAUCACCACCCUUCCAAAUUAUAUGAAAAUCUCAAAAAUAACUACAGAUUAGGGGGAUUUAGAUCAUUCCUUAACACUAUUAAUAUGUAAUCUUACAGUGUUUGAACCGUUCUAUUGUAGAGUGUACCAACAUAUAUCUUAAAAACCUCUUUGUUCAUCUAUUUCUAAAGUGGUUAAUGCAGGCAAUCUUGGAUUCAAAUUACUGAAGACAUAGUUUUAAGGAAUGGCUUAAGUCCCUCCUGACUGUGGGUAAUUAUGUAAUAUUGGUGAAAACCCAUCAUGUGUUUAAAGUGUAGCGUAGUGUGUGUUAUCUUUAAUAGCUUGGGAACAGAAAUCUGCAUGGUAAUAAUUUCUUGCUUUUGUGUCCUUCCUCCCCCCUAUCUUCAAUCGUACUGCGAAUUAAAAAAAAUUCGCUGUAUCGUGUGUAGAGAGCAGGAUUUUUCGAGAUAUUUCAACUUGGGCAAUAUGUGCAUAAAUGGAGUAGUGUUGUGUAAAUUACUCCCACUUUGACCUUCAGAAACUGUACGUCUCUACUGUUGGACUUCAGUGUCUUAUAGUGACAGGGGUGUGGAAUAUGGACCACAUCCCAUUAAAAUUUCUCAUAUGUCGACGGAUUCUACCUUCUGCUUGCUCCACUUUUAAAGAGUUUCAUCAUCGGUGGCUGUGAUUGUAGCAAGAGAAACCUUCCUCAGCAGAAUAUUCAGGCAGCCAUUAUGUUAUUGAUGAGUGGUGCAGUGUCUUAUCACACUACAAGUAGUUGUUAUUGGUGACUGGCAGCAUCGUAAAGGACACGAUAUUCAAGUGACAAUGAAAGGAAAGGUGGGAGAGGUGGUGAUGGCUACAGUGAUAGUGGAGGAGGAGGAGGAGAAGAAAAGGAGGAACUGGAAGAGGAAAUGAACAGUACAUUAUACAUUAAAAAAGAAUAGAAGCAAAAAAUGCUGAAUUUGGUUUCUGUUUAUAGACU